AGGUUCACACAAAUGGCCGACACUACACCUGACCGAGGAGCCCACGCCGAGCCGGAAGCGAGAAUUUCGGAUGCUGGACAGCCUGAUCGAACCGAUCCACCCACCGGCUUUGGAACUGAGCCUUCCGGCACCUCUGCGGCCCCUCCCCCCAAGCCCUCGUACGCGCCCGUGAGCCAAGAGAAUGAGGACGACGACGACGAGGAUACCUUCAUUCCCCGUGGACAAUCUGUGCAAACCGCUGCCGCGGGAGGGAAGAAAGGCGGCCGCCCGCGCUAACUCCGCGGUGUGCCUGCUCAUUUGCAUAUAAAGUCACACAUCAGGAUCUCGCCUGGAGAUCGCAGGCCCUGACUCCCUGUACUCGUCUUGGAUCAA